UCUUCUUUGGAUCAAUAUCAGUCCAAACCCUACCUUCUUCUUCUUCUUUCGAUCGAUCGGACCAAAACCUAGCGGGAAUCGGAGGAAGCAGAAAUGGCGACGCUGAGGAAUUUGAAGAUAAAGACAUCAACCUGCAAAAGAAUCGUCAAGGAGCUGCACUCGUACGAGAAAGAGGUCGAGGCAGAGUCUGCCAAAACCGCCGAUAUGAAGGCCAAGGGGGCUGAUCCCUACGAUCUCAAGCAGCAGGAGAAUGUGCUAGCCGAAUCAAGGAUGAUGGUGCCGGACUGCCGCAAGCGUCUAGAAGCUGCUCUGAGUGACCUUAAAGGCACUUUGACUGAGCUGGAGGAGUCAGGAGAGAAGGAAGCUUCAGAAAUUGACGAUGCUCGUAGCACGAUUGCACAGGUUGAGCAGUUGCUUAGCUCCUCGGAAGGUUAGUAACCCGAUCUAGCGAGUGAUAUUUAUCGAAUCGUCGAAUUUGUCUUGCUUGUGAGUGUACUGUUACAUUGCUAAAUGGAAUGGGAUUCAGAAUGUCUUUGGCUAGUUUCAUUUGUUUGCAAUUCUGUGCACUCACUCUUGAAAAUGAUCAUUUGACAUUUGUUUUUUGGUGUGAGAUUUUAAUGUUUCAACUUUAAUCAUUUGAAUGA